CGCGGCCAAUGGCGUGCGCUUCAUGUUCUGCCUUACGUCUUAUCUCGGCGAACAUGCAGCAUAUUCGAGCCCUUGCUUCCUACCAUGAUCUCCUCAUUGAGCGAGCAUGCGAGCGCGUCUUCGAAAAAGAACUUUUUCGCCGAGAAUGAGGUGGAAUUAGCUACGCGGGUUCCCCUUCCUCAAUCGAGCGCAACGGUACAGGUCGGCCAGGAGAAUGAUUCGGAUAGACUCAAUCUCUCCCGCUCUUCGACGCAGUUUUCCGCCGCAUCGGGCGUUUCCCAGCUUCCGCCAGUAGACAGAGGCUUUGGCGCGUGGUCAUUCCUCGCGGCAGCCUUCGUGGUGGAGACCGUCGUCUGGGGCUUCCCUACUGCUUAUGGAACGCUGCUUGAUGCUUACCUGGACGAUCCGGAGUACUCCUCUCAGCGGAAUGCGACAUCUCUUCUCGCGCUUAUUGGACCCAUUGUAUCGGGGAUCAUGCAUUGUGCCUCACCCGCCAUUAAUCCUCUUUUGUGUCGAUAUCCUCGAUGCGCUCGGCCGCUCGUAUGGUCGGGGACGGUUUUGUGCGCUAUCAGUAUUCUCGCGUCGAGCUGGGCGACUACAGUAAACCAACUGCUUGCAUUGCAAGGCGUCAUCUAUUCCAUCGGCGGAUCAAUAAUCUAUGCGCCGACCAUCUUUUACAUGUCCCAGUGGUUCAUCGAGCGCCGUGGUAUCGCUAACGGCGUCAUGUUCGCCGGUACAUCCGUCGGUGGCAUAGCUAUCCCUCUCGCUUUCCCGCCUCUCCUAGCCCGCUUCGGCAUCCCCAACACGCUCCGCAUCUUCGCCGGCGCGACCUUCCUGUUCCUCGCGCCUUUCCUUCCGUUCGUCAGGGGUCGGCUCCCGGAGGCGCACACGGCGGUUCGCGGCCCCGCGCCAAGGCAUAGGCGGGAAUGGUGGAAGGAGCCGUCGUUCAUGCUCCUCCUCACGACGAACAUACUGCAGGCAUUCGGGUACUUCGUGCCGCUGCUUUGGCUGCCGACCUUUGCGAGCGACCUCCACCUCAGCGCGAGCAAGUCGAACUUGACUUUGGCCCUUCUUAAUGCCACCUCCGUUAUUGGUCGUCUCGCCGUUGGUCUCCUCUCCGACCGCUUUGAUCCUUGGGGUCUCGGCCUUGGCAUGCUCAUCCUCAGCGCCAUCGUCUCCUUCGUCCUAUGGGGCGUCCUCUCGUACACCUUCGCCGGCCUCAUUAUCUUCAGCGCGGCGUUCGGCAUCGUCUCCGCGGGUUGGGCGACGCUGUGGACGGGGUUCAUCAAGCCAGUUGCAAACGACCCAAACCUCUCGACCACGCUCUUCGGCUGGCUCCUCGCCACGCGCGGCAUCGGCAACAUCCUCUCGACGCCAGUCUCAACCGCGCUUCGGACCGCUCGCCAGUCGAACGGGACCACUUCAGCCCUCCACCUCGGCUUCGACGUCGCGGACGGGCGGUACGAGAAAGUGAUCAUCUACACUGGGACGUGUUUCGUGGGCGCGGCGAUCGUGGUGAUCAUGGGAUGGGUCAUGGAGGGUUUCUCAACUGACGCCCUCGAUCGAGAGAACUAUGAAGUUCGGGCGUAUCCAACAGUGCUCAGCGAGGUGUCGACAAGCGCGUCGUCUGGAGCUCUGUUCACGACAGAGCUGUCUUCCUCGCUCGUCUCUUGGAGCCCUGGCGUAUCUGGCCUCGCGUCGGAGGUCGUCAGCCUCGAUGCCUGUGGCGGCGAGCUCCUGCGCAGUAGCGAGAUCCUCUCCGAAGUCUUUAGCGACGUCAUUCGUCUUGUCAGCGAAGGUGAGCACUUCCAGCAGAAAUGUGCGCGACUUGAGCUUGCCGAAGUACAUCUGCUGCUGCCGCCAAGCGUCCUCGAUGACGAGGCAUCGCUUUUGCCAGUAUGUACUUCAUUCUGA